AUGACUGAUAUUGACUCGAAGCCACUCCACCCAAGAAAUAAGCUUCUCGUAUACAGUCGUUAUGUCUUAUCCAAAAUAUCGUGGCAUUUCACCAUCGCAACACUUUCUAAAACAUGGGUUAUUGAAAAUAUUGAUCCCGUAGUCAACCAGUACAUCCGUAAAUGGCUUGAAAUUCCAAUCUCAGGAACACUAAGUACUGUUUUUCUAACUCGCAAGAAAUUUGGUCAAAGUAUUUAUCCUCCAUCGGUGAAAUUUAUCCAAUGCCAAACAGUUCUUCGAAAAGCUUUAAAACUUUCUCCAUAUCAAUCAAUCAACGAACUGUGGAAAUCGACUAAUACUCAUACUAAUAUCCAAUACGACUUUUAUAACUCAACCAAAGAAGUGCUUAAAGACUUUCGGUCUGAACAUGAAGAUAAACUCCAAAAUCAAUUAACUUGUCAGGGACCCUUUUUCUCUAGUGUAACAAAGUUCUCCUUGUCGCAUCUUAGCAAAGUGUGGUCUACUGCUCAAUCAAAACUUCCGAAAAACAUUUAUAACUUUACCAUACGCUAUAUCAAUAACUCUCUUCCGACACCACGCAAGAACCUUAGCAGAUGGGGAUUGUCUUCAAGUUCAGAAUGCUCCUUUUGUCUUGGCCCAGAAUCAUUAUUGCACGUGGUCGCUGGAUGUCAGUGUUAUCUCGAUCGAUUUACGUGGAGACACAAUUCAAUCUUGAACUUCCUUGCCAAUACCUCGCAAACUGUGAACGGUUCUGCCCUCUACGCUGAUGUGCCUGGAUUCAAAAGUCCUUCAAUAAUAACUGGUGAUACGUAUCGCCCGGAUUUGUUGCUAUCGUUAUCAAAUGGCUCUCUUUAUGUGGUCGAGCUCACUGUUGGCUAUGAGACAAACCUCGAGAACAACGUUAAUCGGAAAAAGCCAAAUAUAAAGAACUAG